AUGCCUUUCUUCGGGUAUGCGCUUAAGCAGAAAACAUCACUAGGUCGCAGUUCGAAGCAGUUUUCCUCUUUAGAAACGGGCCGUAGUAUUGCUCAAAACAUGGAUCGUUUGGCAAUGGAUAAUGAACAUUCAACACGUGAUGAAGAAACACGACGUCAGUUACCCAUUGGUAUGACAGAGAACAUGCUGCAAGGUUUAGAAUUAUUGAGUUUAAAUUUAUUGGGUACCGUGGCGGGUUUGGAUGAUCAACCGAUACAAUCAUUUCACAAUCGCCAUUGUGGCCAGACGACCACAGCUGUUUUGUCUGAUGUGGGCAAAGGUCUCGUCGGAAUUGUAGCAAAACCAGUGGGCAGUUUGGCACAAAUAAUUUCGCAAACGGGACAAGAUCAAAUGAAUGUAGCAGCAAUGUCUAUGCCACAAGAUUCAUCAAAAGCAUUUAAAGCAGAAAAAGAAGGAUUAUUAAUAUGUGAUCAUCAACGGGCAGAUAAAACUAGAAGAUAUUAUGACACAUUAAAAACCAGUUAG